UAAUGAAUUGCACAUCCGAACGAAAAAAUUGAGCAAAAUCAUAGUACUCGUUGAGUGAGGUCAAAGGAUUAUCAGUAUCGAUUUUGUUUUUGUUGUUUUUCAGUCAUGAAAAUUCGCCGUCUGUCGUUCACUCGUUUGAUUUUGACACAGUACAAAAUCAGCUUUCGUUAGAUGUGUGCUUAAUCUGUAGUACAGUAACAAAAAUGGUGUUAAAAUUAAUGAGAUUUGGUGUGCAAAGCCGCAUGUUCUCAUCACAAUUGGCCAAAACCAAAAUUGGAUUGCUUGGUGUUCCAUACAAUGAAGGAUCGUCGAAAAAAACAAUUGGCACUGCAUUGGCGCCAGAAUUGAUCCGAAAAAGUGGUUUAAUUAAAGAAAUUGUGGAAUUCAAUGAACACGUUGACAUUAAGGAUUUCGGAGAUUUAGCGGUCGGAGAAGUAGAAUUGGAGACAACAAGCCCAAAAAAUAUGCAAAACUACUCGCGAUUCAUGCCGUUGAUGAAACGGAUCAGCGAAAAAGUUCAGGAAAUUCGCGCCGAAAAUCGAAUCUGUGUUACUUUGGGUGGUGACCAUGCUUUAGCUGUUGGAACUAUUUCCGGUCAACUCAAUGCCAGUGAAAAUUUAUCGGUGAUAUAUGUUGAUGCCCAUGCGGAUAUAAAUACAAACUCGACGUCACGAUCGGGACACAUCCACGGAAUGCCAGUAUCUCUAGUGGUGAAAGAACUCUCAGAAUACUGGGGCCAAUUGCCAGGAUUCGAUUGGCAAACCAAAAAAUUGUCCCUAAAAAAUGUAGCAUACAUUGGCUUACGCUCAGUGGAUCCUAUGGAGCGUUUAAUUGCGGAAAAAUUCAACAUCAAAAUGCUAGGCAUGGAGUACGUCGAUAAAUAUGGUAUCAAUAAAUGUAUUGAAAUGGCCUUGGAUCAUAUUGAUCCGAAGAAUGAACGAGACUAUCACAUUAGCUUUGAUAUUGAUGCGUUGGAUCGGCAUGAGGCUCCCAGUACUGGCAUAUCGCUUGCCGCUGGUUUGACGCUGCGUGAGGGUAUUAGUAUAAUUGAACAAGUCUUCAACACUGGCCGCCUUCGGGGUUUAGAUAUGGUUGAAUUGUGUCCGGGCAUUGGCGAUGCAAGGGAUGUGAAAACAACAAUUGAUUCGGCCAUUCAAUUGAUCGUUGCGGCUUCAGGCAACAAACGUAGUGGCAAUUUGCCGCUCACACAACACGACAUUCCCAAAAAUUGACUAAUUUAAAUACGAUUUUUCAUUUCGCAACAAAUCCAUGUGCAAACGAAUACAUUUAUUUGCUCAUUUUAUUUUGAUUAAAGAUGCACACCGUUUUUUUUCUCACUAUUAUUAUUUUAGGAGCCUUUUUAUCAACAAAGGGGCGCUUUGAUUUCAUUCU